CAUAUGAUCAAGACUUCCAGUCUGUCCAGAACAGAGACACUCACACACACGCUCACAUUUACACUCACACUCACACUCUUUCACACACACUCUCUGAAAGGAUGGGUCUGCUCCAGGUGUGCAGUGUGUUGUGUUUCCUCAACUCUCUCAUCAGCGCAGGCCUCAGCAGUCCGCUGGCAGGUCGGGAGGCCUGGAACUACGUGGAGGUGAGGGACGGCGCUCACAUGUUCUGGUGGCUGUACUACGCCGACUGCCAGUCUGUCCAGAGCCGGGACCUGCCUCUGGUCCUGUGGCUGCAGGGCGGUCCGGGAGGGUCCGGGACUGGCUUUGGGAACUUUGAGGAGAUCGGACCGCUGACCAGAGACCUGGAGCCCAGGAAGAGCAGCUGGGUCCAGGCUGCCAGUGUGUUGUUUGUAGAUAAUCCGGUUGGAACCGGCUUCAGCUACGCCCAGAAUCCAGAGGCUUUUGCCACGGAUGUUUCCACCGUCGCUUCAGACAUGUUGGUUCUGCUGCAGAGCUUCUUCACCGAGAGAACCGAGUUCCAGAGCGUCCCCUUCUACAUCUUCUCCGAGUCGUACGGAGGCAAGAUGGCGGCCGCCAUCUCACUGGAGGUCACCAAGGCUGUCUCUCAGGGGACUCUGAAGUGUGUCUUUGCGGGCGUGGCCCUGGGAGACUCCUGGAUUUCUCCACUGGACUCGGUCAUGACGUGGGGACCGUACCUGUACACCACAUCCCUGCUGGAUGAUUUCGGCCUGCAGGACGUCAACGCGGCGGCAGCAGCAGUGAAGCAGGCGGUGGAGCAGCAGCAGUUCCUGAAGGCCACCGAGCUGUGGUCCGUGACCGAGACCGUGGUGGAGCAGAACACUAACGGAGUGAACUUCUACAACAUCCUGACCCAGCAGCCUGACGACAGACUCUCUUCUCCAGACGACGACUUUAUCUCUCUGCAGACCCGUCGUCACCUCCGACCCCUGUACAGACAGUCUCUGAGUGAGCUCAUGAAUGGACCAAUCAGGAAGAAGCUGGGUAUCGUCCCUCAGAACGUCACCUGGGGAGGCCAGGCGGAGCAGGUGUUCAGCAGCAUGUCGGGGGACUUCAUGAGGCCGGUGGUGGACGUGGUGGACCGGCUGCUGGCCGCCGGCGUCAACGUGACGGUCUACAACGGACAGCUGGACCUGAUCGUGGACACCCUGGGUCAGGAGCUGUGGGUCAAGCGGCUGAAGUGGGACGGACUUCCUGCCUUUAACCAGCUGCGGUGGACGGCGCUGGACGACCCCGCCUCCCCGGGCGUGACUGGAGCUUUCUACAAGACCUACAAAAACUUCGCUUUCUACUGGAUCCUGAAAGCCGGCCACAUGAUCCCGGCGGACCAGGGCCCCAUGGCUCUGCAGAUGCUGAAGAUGAUCACACAGCAGGUUUGAAACUGCAAACUCCACUCUGACAAUCACCCACGAUCACAGCAAUCCUUCAUUCUGCACACAAACCAAAUGCCAAUGUCUCUUUUCUUUGAUUGUAAGAGCAGGUUUGUAAAUUUCGUCCAAUAAAGACGUGUCUUCAUUUCUA